AUGGCCGUUCUCGAGGAAGAUGCUGGGGAUGCCGAUUUUACUGAUGACGGUAGUGGUCAGAUCUUCGUAUCUCGUCAGCAAAAAAGAAACAAGAAAAAGAAGCUGAAGAAGAAGGCAUCUAAACAGCGUAAAAGGGAAGCUAAAGCUAAUAAUACUGCUCAAUCGUCCACUGCCUCUUUGCCGUCUACCGAGUCCUCCUCUGAAGCAGCAACGGAUGAAAACGAAGUCACCUCCGUUAAGGAGUACCCCGUUUUUGAACUUACAGGUCCCUUCGAACGUUUUAAGCUUGUCUUCGAAGAGUCUGAUGGCGGCAACGAUGAUGCGAUGGAAGGCGAAAAGCUCGAAGAUUUUGGAUAUACUGGCGAAUCAUCUAGAGCGACGCCGGAUCAACCCAGUCUUAAGGCCCGAACUGCUGCCCUGCUUGCAGAGGAAGCAGCUGCGCGCGCUAAAAAGACGGAAAAAAAGAACGAAAGGAAGACUCGCGACGAUGACGACGAAGAGGACGGCACAGAACAACCAAUGAGUAAAAAGAAACUCAAGUUGCUAAAUCGCCCGUCGGUAGCAUCGCUAAAGCAAGCUGCUGCUCGGCCUGAUGUUGUUGAAAUGUGGGACGUUUGUGCGAAAGAUCCUCUUCUACUAGUAUAUCUGAAGUCCUACAGAAACACGGUUCCGGUUCCAAAACAUUGGUGCGCGAAGCGCAAAUAUCUCCAAGGAAAGCGAGGCUUCGAGAAGCCUCCCUUCCGGCUCCCGGAAUUUAUUGCACGAACGGGGAUUAUGGAAAUGCGACAAACCGUGACUGACAAGGAUGCGGAAAAAUCACUGAAAACUAAGAUGCGUGAAAAGAUUAGGCCAAAAAUCGGAAAGGUUGACAUAGACUACCGCAAGUUACACGAUGCUUUCUUCAAGUACCAAACGAAACCCAAGCUGACAGGACACGGCGAUCUCUAUUACGAAGGGAAGGAGUUUGAGGUGAAGCUGAAGGAGAAGAAGCCGGGGAAUUUGUCGGAUGAAUUACGAACUGCAUUAGGUCUACCGACUGGACCGAAUGCUGACCGCUAUCCACCGCCUUGGUUGAUCGCGAUGCAGCGCUACGGUCCUCCACCCUCCUACCCCAACGUCGUAAUUCCCGGUCUGAACGCGCCAAUCCCCAGCGGAUGUGCCUUCGGUUAUCAUCCUGGUGGCUGGGGUAAGCCUCCAGUCGACGAACUGGGGCGUCCGAUUUACGGAGAUGUGUUUGGUAAUGGGGGCAACAUGGCCGGUGUUCCUCCUCCGCCACCUCCUACGGGCGGACCCACCGAACCUGAGGAGCCGGUAAUCUCAGGUCUUGGCAAGAGUGGUCUCUGGGGUGAGCUGGAAUCCGACGACGAGGAGGAGGAGGAAUCAGAAGAGGAGGACGAGGACGAAGAUGAGGAGGAGGGUGCAGAGGGAGAAGCAGUCGGGCUUACCGGUCCUCCCACUGAAAUCGUUCAACCCAUCGAAAAGGUCAGCGUUGACCUCGGUGGCCUCGUCACUCCGGCCUCUGGCUUGAUUACACCUAGCGGUGCGACUAGCGUUGGUCUGGACACUCCGAGCGCCACGGCGAUGACGAACGCCAACAUCGAGCUCCGCAAGCGCACUAUCGAGCAAGCCAUGGACAAUCAGAGUGGCCUUGAGACACCCGCGGUGGGCACGGGUCUGUCGGCGGGCCAACUCUACCGCGUCCUGCCCGAGAAGGAGACGAACAUCCAGCCGACUGCCAUGAUCGGCUCCACUAGAGUCUACGACGUCACCGGGGUGACCGGAGCUCCCAGGGGCGAAGAGGCUGAAGAUCCACGAGAGAAGAUGCUCCGAAAAAGGCCGGCUGGAGCCGAGUCACAGCAGAAGGGGACUGCAUCGAGUUCUGGCACAACCAGUUCUGGUGGUCCAUCUGCUGCCAAGAAGUACAAAGACUUUAAGUUCUGA